AUGGGGCCCAAGAGGACUCAGGAGGCAGAACGGCGCAUCAACAUUGGAAGCCAAUUCCAAGCGGAGCUUCCAGACCUCCAGGACACAGCCCGUUUGGAAGAGGAGGAAGAGGGAGCGUCGCUGGUGUGGAAGCCCUGGGGCGACGUGGAAACCAACCCGGAGACGCAGGAGAAAGUUAGAAACCUGCUCCAUUUGGCGUCUCCCAAGGGCGGGCCGGGGGGCCGGGUCAACGCGGAGCUGGCUCUGCAUUGCCUGCACGAGGCUCAAGGCGACGUGCUGGAGGCGGCGGAGAUGCUGCGUGCUGGGCCGCCUCGGAGACCCGAGUCCCAUCCCCUGGCUGAUUAUCAUUACACAGGCUCGGAUACUUGGACACCGGUGGAGGAGCAAUUGUUUAAAGAGGCUUUUUACCUCCAUAAGAAGAAUUUUCGCCUCAUACAGAAGCAGAUCCAGACUAAAAGCGUGUCUCAGUGUGUUGAAUAUUAUUACACCUGGAAGAAGAAAACCCGUUUUGGCUGCACUCGGCCUCGCCUGACGCAGAAGAAGCGCCCGAGACGCCCGGAGGAGGAGGAAGAGGCCCUUUGCAGUGCAAAGAAGAGGCGGCGCAUCAUCCCCAAGGAAAAUCCAAAGUUGGGGAGACAGGAAGAGAACCCCUGCAACGGCAGCUCCUCCAUCAAUGCCGGUGCUUCCUGGUGCUGGGACGGCGGCGCCGGAGAACCGGGAUUUUUCCCCUGCGGCGAGUGUGGAAGGGUGUUUGAGAAGAUCCAGGGGAGAAACGCCCACAUGAGAUUCCACCGCCCCAAAGCUGAUGUUUAAAAGGGCCCCGGCAGCUCUUCUAAAGGGUGGCGAAGCCACAAAAGCCCCCGCAUUCCGCUGACCUCCUCCCAUAACACCUGGGAACUGACACCAAACCAACCCCGAGGCCAGUUUUUACCAUUUUUCUUAAAACCCCCCGGCUUUUUCUCCGCAUCCGGGCAGCGGCUGGGCUUUGAGGAUUCAAGAAGAUGCGGUCGCCCCCGCUCUAAAAAGAGAGGGAAUGGGGGAAAUGGCCCCAAAAGGGUCAUCCUA